AUUGCAUCUCGCGCUGGUAGAUACCUGGAAUUCAGGGCAAAGGCUGCGUAAAUUUAGGUAAUGCAUUACAUUCGGUUACUGCGUCCUCCAAGCCUCGACGGGUCGCCGUCGAGACCGUCGAGACCGUCUUUGAGGCUCGUCCUGACAAUCACCACGGACCUAGGCGACUCCUUCCUCUUCCCAGCACAGCCCAUCAGUCUUUCAGUGCUGGUACAGUCGGGACCACAGCAUGACGGGGCGUCCUUCACCAACAUGACGCUGAAAUCCCCGCCGCGGUGGCAGGCCGGGAUGAGGGUCCUCAAACUCGACCUGCCCUUGCCGCCGGGAUUAGCCGGGGUCAUCCAAAUCCGCCCAACGGACCAACGCCUCGUGGCGUCCAGAGCCAGCGACGUCGUGGCCAGCAAUCAAGGCGGCAAGAUCGUUCCCGUCUACGUAGAGCUGCCUGCGCCGGGUACGGACAUCCCUCAUGUAUCCUCCCGCCGCCUGGAGCUCCUGGAGACCGGGGCAGGCAUGUCGCAGAUCGAGAUCCAGGAGGAGAUCGGCGAGAGCAUCGCCCGCCACGUGUGGGAUGCCGGCAUCGCCACCGUCUCCGUGCUUGCCGAUCUGCAUUCGCCAGCGGCUGCAGCCGCGGAUGGCGACCGUGCGUCUCUGGCGUGGCUGAAGGAUGUGCUCUCCGAGGAUCGGGAGCUCUGCGUCCUUGAGCUGGGGUGCGGGGUGGGGAUCCUGGGUAUCGGCAUUGCCGAGAUUCUGCGUUCGGCCGUCGGCAGUGGGGCUGCCGGCGCCUCUGUGCUCAUGACCGACCUUGCCGAGGCGGAAGAGUGCGCGAAGGCCAACGUAUCUCGGUAUGCAGCAUAUUUCCAGGACCUGGAUGGUCCAAAUGUGGAGGUCAAAUACGAGAAUUUGGACUGGGAAGACGGCAAGCUAGGCAGAUUCGGGCCAAAGGUACGAUCUCGACUGUGGGACCUCGUCGUUCUGAGUGACUGUACCUACAACGUGGACAUGCUCCCGACGCUGGUCCAAACCCUCUCAGCGCUACACAGCGCAGCCACUCAACACUCCAAUUGCCCCGAAAAAUCGUGGGAAACAAAGGUGCUGCUCGCAACCAAGCCCAGGCACUCGUCUGAGGAAGCACUCUUUGACCUCAUGUCAACGGAUGGCUGGGUAGUUCGUGAGAAGGCCGCCCUGGAUCUUCCGGUUCUCGAUGCCGAAGCACAGUCGGUUGAGGUAUAUCUCUUCUCUAAGCGCUAAGGGACAGCCCUCAAGCCGAAUGGUCGAGACCAAAACUCAACUUGCAUCGCUAGUGAGUUUCGGGUCGAUGUAGAAUCAAUCACUCGGCCACAAUUUAUUUACAUUUGUCACCGCGGGAAGCUGCACAUCUGCUCUGUUUGCUGGUCUGGAAGCUGGCUUGGUUUCCCCGCUCCAGUUCUUAUUUUGGUGGCGU